AUGUCCCAAACAUUCACCCCCGCCGACGUGGCUUCCCACAACACCGCCGACAAGGGCCUCUACAUCAUCGUCGACAACAACGUCUUCGACGUCACUACCUUCAUCGACGAACACCCCGGCGGUGCCAAGAUCCUCAAGCGCGUCGCUGGCAAGGACGCCUCCAAGCAAUUUUGGAAGUACCACAACGAAUCGGUCUUGAAGAAGUACACGCCGAAACUGAAGGUUGGAGAGGUGAAGGAUGCAGCGAAGCUGUGA